AAUACUUUUAAAAUACAAACAUUAUUUACAAAAUCGUUAUCGUAAAACAAAACUCGAAAAUGACCGUCUUGAUUUACGUUUAUGGUCAAAAAUUACAAAACAAGAAACACUUAAUCAUAAAGCGAGACAAUGGAAUUCGUUUUUAUCAAAAUUAGCAUCACCUAAUCCAAAAACUUUCUGGAAUCAUGUUAAAUUACUAAACAAGAAACCGAAGAAAGGUUUUUCGGGUAUUACAGAUGAUGAUAAUAUGAAUAUAUAUAAAACACCUGCAUCCAUCUUAUUAUAUCUUCAACAACAUUUCGAAAAUCGAUUUGCCAGUCCUAACUUAGAUAUAUCAAAUAAAACUGAUAUAAAUGCAAAUGAUUUGUGGCAACGAUUAACUACUGUAAAAAAUGACAAUUCAAUUCAAGAACAAGUAAAAUACUCUAAUUUAACAUUCACCACUCAAGAUCUUCAUUCAAUUAUCAAAUCAUUAGCGAACAAAAAAUUCUCCAGCUUUGAUCGAAUAUCAAAUCAGAUGAUUAAACUUGUGCCAACUGCAUAUUACCCGAUGUUAAUUAAUAAUUAUAAUAAAUUAUUUGCAUCAGCUAGAUGGGAUCGACAGUGGAAAUGUUCAAGAUUAUUAUGUUUCAAUAAAGUCCUUAGUCCAGUACCAAAAACAUCGCAAUUAAGACCUAUAAACUUAUUAUCGGUAUUUAGCAAAAUUUAUGAAAAAUUAUUUUUACUUAGAUUUCAUCAGUGGCUGAAUAAAGCUAAUAUUCUUCCAUCUCAACAAUCAGGUUCACGUCAACAUCAGUCAACUGCCACACGAGUUCAGUAUCUUUUACAACAACUUACUCAAUCGUCGAUCUACAAUAGCACUUCAACAGUAGUAUAUAUAGAUUUUCUUCAAGCUUAUGACAAAUUAUGGCAACAAGGUUUCUUAUUGAAACUUUCUUAUCUUGAAUGUCCACUGGCCUACAUGCAAUGGAUUACCAAUUAUUUUUUAGACCGUUCUUGUAUAAUUGACAUUGAUGAACAUUUAUCUCAACCUAUUCAUAUUAAAUCAGGUGUCCCUCAGGAUUGUCAUUAG